CCGUUAGCCCCCGCGCUCAGAGCCAUCCGAUGGAGGAGGAGGUGGCCAUGUUGUAGCGGGGAACACAGCCUCAGGACGAACGCUAUCUGAGACAUUUGGCGUUUAAUCAGUACUGCUGACCACACGGUUCAGAGGAACCGACCGUUCUGUUCCCCGUGAGGACUGUCCAGCUGUAGAAGACACCAUGAGCGGCGGGACGCCCUACCUCGGCAGCAAAAUCAGCCUCGUUUCGAAGGCCGCGAUCCGCUAUGAGGGGAUCCUGUACACCAUCGACACGGAGAACUCCACCGUCGCACUGGCUAAAGUUCGGUCCUUCGGCACAGAGGACCGUCCCACCGACAGACCCAUCCCUCCUCGAGACGACACCUUCGAGUACAUCAUCUUCAGAGGCAGCGACAUUAAGGACCUGACCGUCUGUGAGCCGCCCAAACCACCAUGCUCUCUUCCUCAGGACCCUGCCAUCGUCCAGUCGUCCAUGUGCUCCAGCUCCUCGUCCUCUGCUGCCGCCGCCCCGACCCCAUUCCAGUCUGCUGGUUCCUACGGACUCUUCAACCGGGCCCCGGUUCCCCCCUACAACCAGUUCAGCACCAGCCCCCUGGUUUCCCCUCAGUUUGGACCCGUCGGUGUCGGACGAUCAGUGCCCUCCUUUGUGAGCGACACGAGCACAGCCUCCACCCAGUCUCAGAGCAGUGCUAUUGGCUCUGCUCUCCCCCCUGACUCGCGGUCUCUGGGUACCCUUGUAACAGAAGGCCGCAGCAGCCCCAGCCUGGACCCUCUGAGGAAGAGCCCCACCCUGGAGCAGGUGAUCCAGGCCGCGCCGUCAGCCCCGACCGCCGCCGCCGUCACGGCCCCGGCCCCUGGCCUCGGACGCAGGAGCCCCACCCAUGGGCGCGCGGCCCCUCCUGCCGCCGGGCAAAGCGGCCAGAAGGUCCAGCACCAGGAUGGCGGGGACGCGCGGAGGGGUGAGACUGUCAGGGGAGGCCGCAGCAGCCAGGGCUGGUCUGCACCCCGAACCAUCUCUGCCUCUCACAUCACUGCUGUAGAUAGGGCUCCCACUGCAGGGCUUACCCACUCUAUCUUUAGCCACUCAGGCACAGAUGUCCACAAAGUCCCCAAACCAGACUCUGAGCAGGCGCGAGGUGAAGGCAGGGAUACCAGUAAACGUUCCACAGCAGCUGCCGGUGCACCGGCUAACCGCCGCGGGCGAGGAGGUGGGCACCGCGGCAGAGGGCGCUUCAACGUUCGCCGAGACGGACCCAUGAAGUUCGAGAAGGACUUUGACUUUGAGAGCGCCAACGCCCAGUUCAACAAGGAGGAGAUCGACCGGGAGUUUCAGAGCAAGCUGAAGCUGAAAGACGACAAGACGGAGAAGUCGGAGAAGACGGUGAACGGAGAGGAUAAAGGUGACUCUGGCGUGGAGACUCAGAACAGCGAGGGAAACGCUGACGACGAGUGCGACCCACUGGGCCCCAACUGCUACUACGACAAGUCCAAGUCCUUCUUUGACAACAUCUCCUGUGACGACACCAGGAAAGCUAAUGACAAGUCUGGAGGCUCAGCUUUCCCACGGGAGCGGAGGCAGACCUGGGCCGAGGAGAGGAGGAUGAACGCCGAGACGUUCGGUAUCCCUCUGCGUCAGAGCCGAGGCCGGGGGGGUUACCGCGGGCGCGCUGGUAUGGGCUUCCGCGGAGGUCGGGGGCGUGCAGCCAGCCGAGGGUCGUUUGGGCCGCCACAGGGAGGCGGGGGCUUCAGAGGAGGAUACAGAGGAAACCAGGCCGGGCGGGAGUUCGCCGACUUAUCAGCAUACAGGAAGGACAACAAAGUGGCUGCGUAGUCCCAGUGGGAGGAAGAUUCUGCACAGAGGUGGAACUUCUUCACACACAAACGGAAACAGAUAGUUUGUCGACUAAAAUAAUGAAGAUUGUCUACUAGUUGUAUAUUUGUCACCAGCACUGGGGUAGACUGCUUGAAUGCAACUUAACUUUCCACAUGGUUCAACGGUGGAAACAACAACAACAUCGCAGUUUAUCACAAAACAAAUUCCAGAUCCGUACAAGUUAAUUUCCAGGUGGCUGAAAUAAUUCUGUGUACAUGUUUUUUCUUUGGUUGAUGAACUACCUGCCCGGCCCCGGUCCUAAACCUGUAUUUGAUAAUCUUUUGUUAGCUGUCGAGGGUCGUCCACAUGAGUUACUGUGAUGCUCACUGACAUAGCUUUAUCUGGGGAGGUGGGUUCAUAUAUCCUGUAACUUCAGCACCAAAACAGGCCACAGGGUCACUCACACCUUUCUAACAUGUAUUUUUCUACUAUGACAUAGACUCUGAUCCCGUUCUGUCGUCAGCCCGUCACCAUCUCUCUCUGUUCACCUUUCACCUGCAGCUUCCUCUUUUUCUCCCCGUCGAUCAUCAGAUGUUUACUCAUGUAGCUUUGAUAUCACACCAGAGCUGAAACGAAAUUAAUCUGCAGCUAUUUUCAGAAUAGAUUAAUCGUUGAAUCAUUUCUGAAGCAAAAAAAAAUCAACACUUGUGUUUUCUUUCUUACAGAAUCAUUUUCCAGAUUUCUGACGUUUUAUAAAGCAAACGAUUCAUCUAGAAAGUAAUUGUCAGAUUAAUUGAUGAGAAUAUUGAUCAGUUUCAGCUCUUCUCCUUCAGUCUGUGUCUCAUCCUAACAGUAGUGUAAGAGCAGGUCGUAGUCGUCUGCUGGAUUCUCUGGUAGUUUUUACUCCCAGUCUCUGAGUGAACUUGGUCUGGGAGGCAGAUGGAUCAUAGGUCAAAGUUCAGUCGUUUUCGUUCUCUCUUUUUAUUCCUUUGCUCACAGGCUCCUGCUGCUUGUGUGGUUACAGUUAGUUAGAGACGCAGUUUGAUCUCCACAGAAGAGGGCUACACUCUAUAUUCACUUGGCUUUUAGCUUUUAGCUUUCAGCUUUCAGCAGAGAGGCCAGAUUUCAACUGUCUGAACUGAAACUGCUGAAGUCGAAUGCAGAGCCUGAACAGGUCGUCAGCUCAGAAAUCCUUGGCAACAAACGAGAGGAUUUUCUGUUUCUCUAAAUAAACUUAAUGUUCUUGUUCUGAAGACGUCACACUCUGAGGGAGCUGAGGGACUGUUACUGACGAUUCAUUGACAAAAUGAUUAAAUAAUGAGCACAUUCAUUCAUAAUAUAAUAACAGAAUAAUGCAGCUGCAGCUCUGUGUUCAUGUCUGAAUCUAAUGAGUCAUACAUCAUGUUAAAGGAGGAUGAACACAGAGUGCAGUGGUGUUUGUUGUCCAGCAGGGGGCAGCACUCGCCUCCUGCUGCUCUGACUGCACUUCUCAUGAGGAAGAAAGAAGCUGAAGCACUUCAUGAGUUAUUCAGUAAUGUUGAAGUUAAUCCAGGUUUAUUUCCUGUGGUUUAGUUUGAACUGUGACUCAUUAAACUCAGACAUGAAAUCAAAUACAUGAGACUUUAUUUGUGUUGAUAAGUUUUAAUUCAGACGAUUGAAAUCUUCAGCAGCUGAAGGUGAUGGCGCUGUUCUUCAUCAUCAUCAUUAUUAUUAAUAUUAUUACUCAGUCUUACAGUCUGUGUGUAGUCGUUAGUCGGGCUGCUUCGUUUAAAAACACACUAAUUUCUUCAUGAACACAAAGCACAGGCUCACCUGGUCUGUUCCUGUGAAACUCCACAGUCACCUUUAAAACUCAGCCUGAAGCCACUAACGUAGUCCUGCAGCACUGCACAGGACCUGGACCUGGACCAGGACCUGGACUAUAAGUAGACAAUAAGAGACUAGAGAAUUGAGCUAUCUGUCUGGGUGUAGCAACAUACUUUCUUAGCAAUACUCUGACUUCUUUUUGAGGCAACUAAGGAAUGAGGUCUGAGAGGACAGGCUAAAAUAGAAACUUUAUUGAUACAGGUGUGUUCCUGUUCGCCCUGACAAGCAAAGCUACCUUUAAAGUACGUAACGGUGCUCAGGAAAUGUAGAGGACAUUAUUUUUCUUGAUUAGAGUCGGAGAAUAACUGCUAACGUCACAGCGAAGAUUAAACACAUUAAAAAGGAAACAGGUUUUACUGUGCUGAUGUUAAAGACGAGAGAUCUGAGGGAACCUGAGACACUGUUCAGUCAGAAGCAGUUCACACAGACAAACAACCUUUCAAAUGAUGCUUUAUUAAAUGUAAGAAAGUGAUUUAUAGACGUGAACUGUCACUGUUAAAGGUCAAAGUUCAUCUGAAAACAAGAAAACAGAUUUAAAAGCUUCCAUCAGUUCAUGUAAACAGCUUUUCAUGAUGCAUCAUUUCAAUCUAAACCAGUGAAUUAACUCUGAGCCUUUUUUAUUGAUUGGUUAUUGAUGAAGCUGAUCAGAGUCCAUUCUGAUGCUCCAGAUGUUCUGGUCUCUGAUAGACAGAUGUUUGAAUCUUCAGACUCUUCUUUUCUGGAAACUUUUCACAUGGUUGUUGAGUGUCUUGAUCACAGCAGUGGUUCUCAACUCUUCGAGGCUCCACAGAGACCUCGGAGGAGCCUCAGACUGGCGCUGGAUCAGCAGCCUCAGUCCACGUCCUCAGAGAUCCAGGUUCAGUGUGUGUGUGUUAGUCUGUGGUGAUUUUACUGGUAGGUGGACGUCACAUGUUCAGGCUGAUCCCGCUCAUGUCUGUUAAUAUGAAGCUACAGCAGCUGUUAGCUUAACUUAGCACAAAGACUGAGAACAGAGGGAAACAGCUAGCUUAGCUUAGCUUUGUCUAAAGGAACCAACAUCCACCUGCCAGCUCCUCUAACUCCAUCUAACUGGCUCAACAAACAUGAUCUAACAUGUUAAUCUGAACAGAUACUGAAGCUUGAAGACAAACACUGCAGCGAUCAGUCGAUCAAUUGAUUAGGAACAGAAAUGAACCUGCACUGAAGCGGUUCUUAAAGUUCUAAGAUGUAACUGUUAACCUGAAGAGGAGGAACCAGGAGAUGUGAGAUCAGACUGAACAUCUGACUCCUUCAGAAAAAUGUUGGACUGCUCCUUCAAAACUGUUUCAUUAUUUCAGUCUAAUACACCGGGGGGGGGGGGGUUAAUGUGGCUCCUCCCAUUGGAAAGAAUCAGAUUUUCUACAUGUUUUGUUCAGGUCAUAUUUCAGUUUGAUUUGAAGUUGAGAGCCACUGAAACUGAAAUGUCUGAUUGAAAAGAUGGGGGGGGUAUUUAAAGGAAGCCCUUCAGUUCCUCAGGUGGGGGUUUGACUGGUGUUGUACAAAGAUACAGACACUACAUGAUGCUGGAGAGAGAGGGUUUAACUGGUUGAUGAUGUGAGGAGGAGGUGUUUCGCUUCAGGCUUCCUUUAACACUCUGGAGUCACAGCCACAGGUUUUGUCUUUGAACGCAGCAUGGCGUCCUCCUCUGUGGGCCUCAGUCAACUCUGAGCUUUUUAUUAAGAGCAAAUAAUAAACAGUUGUUCAUUA